AUAACUGACAGAGAUGGAAUAUAUCGAAGUCAGGCUAAAAGCAAUUGACUCCGAGCUUUCACCUUUUGAGGGCAGGGCCCUUUUAAAGCAGAUAGAUGGCCAGUCACUUCUUCCUUUUUUUUAAUGUGUUUAGCACAUGAUUCCCUGUUUUAAUGCGUCUGUAAAUGCUGCCUCGCUGUGUAGAAUGAUGGCUUCAUUACUUCUGAUCAGUCGCAGUGACCUUUUGAUGGCGAACUUUAUAAAGUUCUCGGAUUCACGAGUAGGCAAUUUGGCACCUAGAUGGGAAUGAUGGGGGUUAAGAUUCAAGAUUUGUUGGAGCACAGCCUAGAGCCUUGGCACGGUGUGUUACUGUCACAGUGAGUGCAGUUGUGUCUGUGUGUGUGUGUGUGUGGGUGCCUGUUUGCGUGAGUGUGCACAUGUGUUUGAGAGUGUAAGAAAGACACAAGAAGAUUCUGGCCAUGGCUACCAAUAAAGGUAAAAACCAGAGCUCUCUGGCUUUGCACAAAGUGAUAAUGGUGGGAAGUGGAGGUGUUGGGAAGUCUGCGCUCACGCUGCAGUUCAUGUAUGAUGAGUUUGUCGAAGAUUACGAGCCCACCAAAGCAGAUAGCUACAGGAAGAAGGUUGUCCUGGAUGGGGAGGAAGUCCAAAUCGAUAUCCUAGACACAGCUGGCCAGGAGGACUAUGCUGCUAUCAGGGAUAAUUAUUUUCGCAGCGGGGAGGGCUUCCUGCUAGUCUUCUCCAUAACCGAGCACGAGUCCUUCAGUGCCACUGAGGAGUUCAGGGAGCAGAUCUUGCGGGUGAAGGCAGAGGAGGACAAGAUCCCGCUCCUGCUGGUAGGCAACAAGUCCGACUUGGAGGAUCGUCGGCAGGUGGUCGUGGAUGAGGCCCGCGGGAAAGCUGAAGAGUGGGGCGUCCAAUACGUAGAGACUUCAGCCAAAACUAGAGCCAAUGUGGACAAGGUAUUCUUUGACCUGAUGCGUGAAGUACGAGGCAAGAAAAUGUCCGAAAACAAGGACAAAAACGGGAAAGGAAAGAACAAGAAAAGCAAGAAGAGCUUCAGAGAGAGAUGCUGUUUACUUUGAACUCUUCAUGGACCUAAACAAGCCACAAGACAACUGUAAUGCUGGGGAACAAAGCAGAUGUCUUUCAUUGUCAUUCGAGUGAAAAUGAUAAUUAUUUUUUUAUCAGCUCAUGAUAGAUUAGUGUGUAGAACAAUCGCCACCACUAUGUUGCCAAUUUAUUUCUGAUUUUUUUGAUUUGGGGUCUGACUGGAAGAUGACCACUGUUGUGACUGUGACUUGGACUACAGUGCUUUAUGGCUCAUAGGAAGCUAUUGACUCAACUGCCAAUGACACUAACUCUGCUGCUCAAGACAUCCUUCUUUGUUUAACUUGGGUUUAUGCUACUUCUGACUUUAGCUUUGUGCGUUUUUAAGAAAACCAUGCUUUUAGUUCCAUUAGUCUUUCUAAACAUUUACAUGUUCUGGGGACAUGAUUCUAUAUUCAUGAAAUUAUAGGGAACUCUGAUGCUGCUUCGUCUCGUUUCUGUCUCAAACGUUGAUCUCAUCCAUUAUCUGUUUACUCGCGUCUUCACAUGGGUGUGUUUAUAGUGGUUUUAUUUUAUUGCAUUAGUCCUUUACCCCACUUUCAGUUCAUUCCAAGGGUUUGCGACUUUUAUGUCCACAGAAGGUUUAUGGAGUGCAAUGUAAUCAGGAGUCCUUGCCAGGGGGGUGGGGGGCAUUUCACUUGUCCAAUUUUAUUUYUUUUUUUCACUGACAUGAUUGCCACAAUUCAAUCAUAAAACACUUUACAGUUCUUCAAGAAUGAAGCUGCAAAGUGAAAUCGUUGAUGACUGAAAAUACUAACACAUCUAUAACUUGAUCUUUACAGAGCUUUGCAUAAAAAGGUAAUGUAAUUACUAAUUCUUUGUAGGGUAAUUAGAGAGUCACAAAGAGGAGAGCGCAGACCUGAUGUGUUCUGUAGUGGAAACCUCCCAGUGCAGGUUUUUAUUUUUCUUUUUUUCUUUUGUCAUUCAUGGCUGUUGAAGUUUGGAGUCAUUGCUGGCUCUGCACUCACGGCUCUGGACAAUCGUUAAUGACUAACCUGUCUGCAAUAUGAUCAAAACUGAUGCUAAUUGUAAAGAAUAACAUGCUUUAAGUUCAUUUAAAUAACCUCCAUUAUUAAUUUCUAAGAAACUAACUUCAGUGGAGUGGACACGAUGAUUGUUUUUAUUAUUUUUAAAUGUGCCAACGAAUGUGUAAACUGAACCUCAUUUGUUGGUUUGUAUGUUUCUUCACAGCCGAUUUGCCAGAAAACUCUACUACCUUACUGUGUCUCUGAGCAAAGCUGUGCUUCAUAACUGUUGUUUAAUCAAGUGCUACGGUAAAUGAAAUGUUCCUACCACUGCCUAAACUAUUAUUUGUAACACCUUUUUUUUAUCUGUUCCACUGUAGGUAUGCUUCUGUCUCCCUGCAGCAAGAGAGCUGCAGAAUAAAUGUUCCUCUUCUUUAUGAA